ACCGCCGUUUCCAGAGUGUUUUCAAUUCAAAAUCAAAUGGCGGAGAUGGAGGAGAAGCUUAAUCACGAGAACGAGAAUCUAGAGAAGAAGGCGAAAUACAAAGGCAGUCACGACAAGCCAAAGCCAUGGGACGAUGACCCAAACAUCAACCGUUGGAAAGUCGAUAAAUUCGACCCGGCAUGGAACCCAACCGGUAUGCUCGAAGUCAGCACAUUCUCCACACUCUUUCCUCAAUACAGAGAGAAGUAUCUUCAGGACUCUUGGCCUCGAAUCGAAUCCGCUCUCAAACAAUACGGCGUCGCAUGCAAACUCAACCUGGUUGAAGGGUCUAUGACAGUUUCGACGACGAGGAAGACUAGAGAUCCUUAUAUCAUUGUUAAAGCUAGGGAUUUGAUUAAGCUUCUUUCCAGAAGUGUUCCUGCUCCUCAGGCAAUCAAGGUUCUGGAAGAUGAAGUGCAAUGCGAUGUCAUCAAGAUUGGAAACUUGGUUCGGAAUAAGGAAAGAUUUGUCAAAAGAAGGCAGCGGCUUGUGGGUCCUAAUUCUUCUACCUUGAAGGCAAUGGAAAUAUUAACCGAUUGUUACAUUUUAGUUCAGGGAAGUACUGUAGCCGCAAUGGGUAAUUUUAAAGGUCUAAAACAAGUCCGAAGGGUUGUAGAACAGUGCAUGCGUAAUGAAAUGCAUCCGGUAUACCAGAUAAAGAACCUGAUGAUGAGAAAGGAACUGGCAAAGGAUCCAGCGCUUGCAACUGAAAGCUGGGAUAGGUUUCUUCCUAAGUUCAGGAAGACGAAUGUUCAGCAAAAGAAACCCCAAAGCAAGGAGAAGAAGCCAUAUAUACCAUUCCCUCCUACUCAGCAGCUCAGCAAGGUUGAUAUGCAAUUGGAGUCUGGGGAAUACCACAUGAGUGCCAAUAAGAAGUCAGACAAGAAGUGGCAGGAGAAGCAAGAGAAACAGACAGAGAAGACUACAGAGAAGAAAAGAAAGAGAGAUGCCUCGUUCAUCCCACCUGAGGAACCUACCCAGAUCAGCAACAACUCAAACAAAUCUGAAGAGGGCAAGAAAGAUUUAACCGAGUUAACACAAUCCUUAAAGAGCAAGACAAAAGAGCUGAAGAAGCAGAAGAAGACACAAGAGAAAGUGAAUGCAGAGGAGUAUAUUGCUGUUGCGUUAUAAAUCUUCCAAGAAGAGUUCUAAAAUUACUGAAGAUUAAUCUUAAAGCCUUUUUGUUUUAAAAUUUUCAAGUAUCUAUAUGUUCAAAACUAUAAACAAGUUCAAUCUUAAUUAUUAUGGAGCCACUAAAUAUUUUUCUGAUAUAUAAUUAAGAGUAUAUCAUCUGCAAG